UGUCUCCUUGGUAACAGUCCCCACCCCCACCGAAAUAACGAAAAUAAAAAAUAGUUCCUUGAGACUCCUAACCAGCAUCCUUUCUACAGUUUUUCUCAGGGAUGUGGGCCAGUCCAACAUAGUCUUAGGAGACAACAGGAAUGAGGCUGAGCUUACAGGGAAACAAAGCAGAAUUUGGCGGCCAAGCUGGUAGAGCUCUCCUUCAUCCAGCACAAUAGAGAUGGUCCUCCCGUUCGUAGAGAAGCGCGGAGGGAUACGGAAAACCGCUGCGCCUACCAGCGGAAGAGCGCCCCGGUAUUCCGUUCCUGCGCGGAGUCUGUGUUCUGGCCUCUUCUGCGUCUCAGCUGCGAACGCUAGAUGCAGCUGCGCUGGGCGCUGGGCUCCUAAGGGGAGCGGCCGGCACUGGGUGGAACAUGGCUCUCCACCUUCCCUGCCGAGGCGCUCCGGGCGGGGCCUGAUAGUAUCUGCCUUUCCAGAGGCUUCUUGUGAGGCUGGCGGGGUCUGAUCGUGUCUACCUUUCCAGAGGCUUCUGUGAGGCUGGCGGGCCCGGAAACCCUGUGGGGUUCAGCCUGCAGCCUGCGAGUGCAGCUCGGGAGACGCCAGAAAGACGCAAAGGGAAAGGAUGAAUAAGUUGGAAGAAAAAUGCUGCUCCAAAGCAGGAUAUUUCUCAAAUUGAUUCAGCAGGGAUAUUAGCAAAGUGAUUUCAUGGAGAUGAAUACCAGGAUUCUGUAUUUGAAGAGUAAUAUGCAUCUGAAGACAUGAAGGAAAACCUUUUGAGAGAGACUCUUAGUGUAUAUAUUUUCCUGGAAGGAGCUUUGGGGGAAUAACUUUCAUCGACGAAGAGGGACCUCCUGAAAUGAUUUGUCAAGAAUAUAAGUUUAAGAAAAGCUAUGUUUUGACUUGAAGCUUUGUUACACAUCCCAGCUUGUCUACAGAAGAAAGCAUGCAGAAAACACGUAACAUUCACACCACUGAAAUGUUAGAUCAAAAUAAUUGUUCAACUCUGUCCACACAGAAAAAAUCUUGGAAAUGUCAUCAAUGUGGAAAAACCUUUGCUAGGAACUCAUCCCUUAUAAAACAUCAGAGAACUCAUACUGCAGAGAAACCCUAUAUGUGUCAGGAAUGUGGGAAUACCUUCAGUCGUAGCUCAUUCCUUGUACAGCAUCAACGAAUUCACACUGAUGUGAAACCAUAUGGGUGUGAGCAGUGUGGAAAAAUGUUCCAGUGUCGAUCAUUUCUUCUUCAGCAUCAGAAAAUGCACAGAGGAGAAAAACCAUAUAAGUGCAAUGAGUGUGGGAAUUCUUUUCACAGUCAUUCAUACCUCACUGAACAUCAGAAAACGCACACUGAAGAGAAAUCUUAUAAAUGUAGUAGAUGUGGGAAGGCAUUCAAUCAGAACAUGCACCUCAUAGGCCAGAAAAUUCACACUGAUGAGAAGCCUCAUUUAUGCACGGAAUGUGACUCUUUUUUUAAUAAACAUUCCAAUCUUACACAACAUCAAAAAAUUCACACUGGGAAAAAAUCUCAUAAAUGUGAUCAAUGUGGGAAAACCUUCAAAACAAAGUCAAAGCUCUCCGAACAUCAGAGAAUUCAUACUGGAGAGAAGCCCUAUCAGUGUAAGGACUGUGGCAAAACCUUUCGUCAGAGCCCCUCUCUUAUUAAACAUCAGCGAAUUCACACUGGAGAAAAACCCUAUAAAUGUGAAGAAUGUGGCAAAGCCUUUACUCAAAGCACCCAACUCAUUAAACAUCAGAGAAUUCACACAGGGGAGAGACCCUACAAAUGUGAUGAAUGUGGUAAAGCCUUCAUUCAGAGCAUUUGUCUUAUUCGGCAUCAAAGAAGUCACACUGGAGAAAAACCAUAUAAAUGCAAUGAAUGUGGAAAGGGUUUUAAUCAGAAUACUUGCCUUACUCAGCAUAUGAGAGUUCAUACUGGAGAGAGACCAUAUAAAUGUAAAGAAUGUGGGAAAGCUUUUGCUCAUAGUUCAUCUCUUACUCAACAUCAUAGAACUCACACUGGUGAGAAGCUGUAUAAAUGUAGCGAAUGUGAGAAAACCUUCCGCAAGUAUGCACACCUUAGUGAGCAUUACAGAAUUCAUACUGGUGAGAAGCCUUAUGAGUGUAUUGAUUGUGGUAAAUUCUUCAGACAUAGUUCAGUUCUUUUCAGACAUCAGAAGCUACACAAUGGUGAAUAAUCCUGACUUGUAGCUUAUAACAGUUUCUCUAAAGAAUAACUAAAAUUCUGGUAGGAAGGAGGUAGGGGAUAGAGAAUGUUGAAGGAACCUUUCUUACUGUACUCUGAGACUGCUCCAGAAAUGGAGAGUUUGGGCAGUGCAGAUCCUGUUUUAGGUGGAUAUGAGUUAAUACAAUACAGGGUGAAAAGAACAUGCCAGCUUUUCAGAUGAAGCUUCCAUACUUCUUGUAAACCUCAAGGUAGUGUUUUCGUAUAAGUGUGUUUCCUCUACACACUCCCACCCAGCUUUUCAACCCUGUUACUUUCUGGUGAAAUGUGCUUUUCUAAACAUGAAAAUUGCAACUGUGCUGAGCUUUAAGGAUGCUCUAGAUGCAUGGAGAAGCUGUGGUCACACUCUUCAGCAUGCCUUGAGAUGCCCCAACCUGUAGAAGUGGUCUUUUGGAGAGGAAACAAAAACAAGUCUGUAAUUAUUCAACAAAUAAGAUCUGUGGCAAGAAUUGAGCUAAUCUCUGCAGAUGUUCUGGUGAAGGUGGCUAAUUUCAGAAUAAAGAUGCUCCCUGACCUUUCAAGCUUGUGUGUGACUUAAGGCUAAGAAAUAAAUUGGAGUUAGGAGAGACUUUGACAUUGUGUGAGAUGGUAGAUUUGCUCAGGAAGUAGAGGAAGACUUGUUAAAGAAGAUACUGACUCAGAAGAAUUUGUGGUAGGCAAAUGACAAAAAGCUUCAGAACAAGCCAAGUGGUGGUGCACACCUCUAAAGACAGCACUCCAGAGGCAGAGGUAAACAGAUCUCUGAGAUGAAGACUAACCUCAGAGUUCUAGGUCAACUAGAGCUACAGGGAGA